GAUGGCAAAAAACGGCACUCAAUUUAGAAUGCCGGGAAGCUGGUAUGGUUCAACGGAUGAAGAGGAAUCAGCUCCGUGUAUCUACAACUGUUCCAGGGUAUGAUGUCGCUGGUGUGGUUGUGAAAGUGGGAAGCAAAGUGAAGAAUAUUAAGGAAGGAGAUGAAGUGUAUGGGUUCAACAGUGAGAAACCCUUGGAUCAUCCAAAACAAUAUGGCACUUUAGCAGAGUAUACUGCUGUAGAAGAGAAGCUGCUGGCUCCAAAGCCAAAAAAUCUGAGUUUUGCUGAAGCUGCCGGCCUACCUAUGGCCAUUGAGACUGCUUAUGAAGGCCUUGAAAGAACUGGAUUUUCACCUGGGAAAUCCAUUCUUGUUUUAGGAGGUGCCGGUGGGAUUGGCAGCUUGUUAAUCCAGCUGACAAAGCAUGUUUAUGGGGCAUCUAGAGUAGCAGCUACCUCAAGCACAGGAAAAUUGGACUUACUGAAGAAAUUGGGAGCUGACUUGGUAAUUGAUUAUACAAAGGAAAGUUUUGAAGAUUUGCCAGAGAAAUUUGAUGUGGUUUAUGAUGCUGUGGGGCAAUCUGAUAGGGCAGUGAAGGCAGUGAAAGAAGGUGGGAGAGUUGUGACAAUAAUAGGAGCAGUGACCCCACCAGCCACCAAAUUCAUAGUCACUUCAAGUGGGUCUACUCUGGAGAAACUGAAUCCUUUCUUAGAGAGUGGAAAGGUAAAGCCAUUGUUGGAUCCAAAGGGGACUUUCCACUUUUCUCAAACUGUGGAAGCACUUUCCUAUGUUGAGACUGGCAGAGUUAUUGGAAAAGUGGUUAUAUAUCCAAUCCCAUGAGGAAAUCGAUCAAAGUAUCAGCAGUAUCAGGCAUGCCCCUACUAUUCCUUGGUUUUUUCUGUAUAUUUUCUUUUGUGUAUCCACUCUUUUACUAUACUUUAUGCUUUUGUAAUAAUGGG